GGGGAGGGGAGUGAUACUCCGAGGCCGGCUCGGCCUGGUGAAAGGGGGUUGUUGUGGAGUGAUUGCGCGUGUCCUGUCGUCCCUGUUCCUGGGUGUGUGUGAAUGAGGAGGUAACCGGCGGAGGUCUGGGCCCGCAGGGAGGGGAGGGGAGGGGGAUGCAGUCACUGGAGAGCCAGGCCUGGGGCCGCCUGAGCCGCAUCGACAGAGAGAGCGAGAGCCACAUCCUGCUCGUGAACAGCGAGUGGACCAUCGGCAGGAAAAAGGGUUGUGACUUGUCAUUUCCUGGCAAUAAACUUGUUUCUGGAGACCACUGUAAAAUAAUUAGAGAGAAAACUGGACAAGUGUGGUUAGAGGAUACAAGCACCAAUGGAACAGUCAUCAACAAGUCCAAAGUAGUGAAGAAACAGACGUAUCCAUUGCAGAAUGGAGAUGCCAUUUACGUUGUCUACAGGAAGAAUGAGCCAGAUCAAAAUGUUGCCUAUUUGUACAAAGCACUGAAAUCUGAAGAGGGAAUCAUGGAAGAACCAAUGGGAUCCUCUUGCAGUGUUUUUAAAGAAACCUCAAGUUUGGACAGCAACAACGACCAAACAGCAGUCAUUUCCCCACUUUGUUCAAAACAAGCUGAACACCCUUUCCGAGAGGAACCACAGCCAUGCACGUCUUACUACGAUCCAUUCUGUACCUCUGGAGCAAACUCUGACACUGAUCAGCCUAUUACUUCCACAGUGGAGCCAUGCACUUCCUCAACAGAACCUGUGGCCACUACUGCUAGAUCUUCAAUGUUUGCACAUGGACCUAAAUGUAGUCCAACAUUUUGGACUUCAUGUCCAAAGAUGCCUAGUCCUGCUUUAUCACCUUCAAGGAUUCAGGUGAAUGUAGAAAGCACAUCAGGACCUGAAGCCCCAAAGUCGUCAUAUCCAGGUGCCUUGGAGAAAGAGGAAGACCUGGAACCAACCAAAAAGAAACACAAAAUGGAGACAUAUGGAGUUUCAGAUCCAUUGCUGAUCAAUGAGAGUCAAAGUUCAAACAUUACACGUGAGGAUCAAGUGACCUCUGAAGGAAAGCAGCCAGAUAAAAUGGAGGAAACGCUCACCUGUAUCAUCUGUCAAGACUUGUUGCAUGACUGUGUCAGCCUUCAACCAUGUAUGCAUUCUUUCUGCGCGGCAUGUUACUCUGGCUGGAUGGAGCGAUCAUCACUCUGUCCGACGUGCCGUUGUCCUGUCGAACGCAUCAGCAAGAACCACAUGGUGAAUAAUCUGGUAGAGGCUUACCUUUUGCAACACCCAGAGAAGUGUCGCAGUGGAGAUGAACUGCAAAGCAUGGAUGCCAGAAAUAAAAUCACACAUGACAUGUUACAGCCUAAGAUUAAGCGGUCAUUCUCCGAUGAAGAAGUCAGCUCCGAGGAUUUUCUCGAACUGUCUGAUGUUGAUAGUGAAUCUUCUGAUUUUAGUCAGCCCCAUAUUGUAUGCAGACAGUGUCCUGGAUUUCGGUCUGAUAGCAAUCCACCUACAUUUUUGCCAAGUUUCAGAAUGAAUACUGAUGCCCCAUCAACUUCUUCUAGUAUUCCUGUUGCUGUCCAGGAAUACACCUGCCCUGCUCGAGGUCCUCACAUAAUUUGCACUUGCUGUUUUCAACCAAUGCCUGACCGUAGGGCAGAACGUGAACAGAACCCGACUAUUAUACCUCAGCAAUGCACAAUUUGUUUGCGGACCUUUUGCCACAUGUACUGGGGCUGCACUCGAGUGGGAUGCUCUGGCUGCUUGGCAAGAUUUUGUGAUGUAAAUUUUGGCGAGAAGUGUUUGGAUGGAAUAUUAAACAACAACAGCUAUGAGUCCGACAUCCUGAAGAAUUACCUUUCAUCUAGGGGCCUUUCUUGGAAAGAGAUGCUGCAAGAAAGUCUUUUACAUCUUCAGAGAGGAAAGUUUGUUCUUACAGAUUAUCAUGUCACAACAAAUGUUGUCCUGUGCUACUGCUGUGGAUUGCAUAACUUUCGUGAGCUAGCUUACCAGUACAGGCAGAAUAUUCCUGCCUCAGAACUUCCAGCGUCUGUAACUGCACGUCCAGAUUGCUACUGGGGCAGGAACUGUCGCACCCAGGUUAAAGCACAUCAUGCUAUGAAAUUUAACCACAUCUGUGAGCAAACACGUUUCAAGAACUGAAGAUUCUCAACAUCAGAGCCAUGCAGCCCCCUGCAGAUGAAGUUAGAGUGACUUUGAACUUCAACAGUUGUCUUUAAGAAUCUGUUUUUAUACAAUCAACCUUUUGAGUCUAGGGGUCAUUGUAAAGUUUAUUAUACCUAAAAGUUGAAACCAAGAUGAACCACAUGGUAGAAAAUACAUCUGUUUUCCCACCAUUUGGUAGGAAGCUUGUGCUUUGAUAUUUUUUAAAAAGUUCUAUAUUUAAAAGAGCACACAGUUUCAGAGCAAGGCCUGCAAAUAUUUGCUCUGCUGUAUACUGCUGUAAUAUCACAUUUUCCACAUAAAAUUGAUUAUUCUUAAUGUUCUUUUGUUACUGCUGUGCAGUCAAUGUAGGAAUAUAUUUUUUUUAAUUGAUGUUUAGAACAACUGGAGCUAAAACACUUCACAAAAAGUGUUUUUAUGGGACAGUUGUCUGGGGAAGCUCAGUGACUUGACCAUAGAAGCACAGAGUUGCAAUGUAAAAUUCCCUGCAUUCUGAAGCAUUCCUUGCUCAGCUGACCUCUGGAAGCAUUUGAACAAUAUUUUUUGAGGCUGAGUAUUGUAAAGAUUUAAAUUACAAUAGGAAGAUUCCCUUAAAUUUAUAUUGAAAGCCUGCCUUUACUUUUUACUGCAUACUUCCUCCUAAUGCAACAUUAGCUUCUGAAAGGGCCCAGGCCCAGCAGCUUAGUGUCUCAGGUAUAUCUGAUGGUUGCUGGUUUAGAAUAUGUUGACUACCAGUAGCUGUCAAUGAUAAAACAAAAUCUUCUGAAAGAAAUAAAAGUCGCUCCUUAUCAUUUGGAGUGAUUUCUUUUACAUUUUUUCAGGGAUUUCUCCAAUAUUUGGAAGUCUUUAUCAGAUUUUAUUGCCUCCUCUUUUGAGGUUCCUCGCUCGACUUACUGUUCUAUCCAGAUCAAAGGGCCAUUCUCCAGUUGAGCUUAUAUUAAUGAGUGUCGAUAGGCUAUUUGACUGUAGAAUCUUUGCAGACAAUCUGAAACUCUUUCUCCAUCACCCGCUCUUAUAACUUAAUCAGCUGUAGAAACACUGACUGACUGUUAUUCUGCUCCUUAUCUAACACCAUGGUAUUAAGAACAUUUAGGCACAGGAUGGUGUAAUUCAGGCCAUCAAGCCUGUUCCAUUACUUUGAGAGAACAUGGCUGAUCACUUCCAAUCCAUUUAUUUGCCUUUGCUUUGGCUCCUUGAUAAUACGACCCAAUGAAAAACAAUGGUCUUGUAAAUUCCAUUGUUUCAGGAAGUUCUGGGUUUAUAGUAUACCUUGUGUGGAGAAACAAAUCCUUCCUGAUUCCACUCCUCAACACUCUGAAUCUAAUAUAAAGAUUUGUAACAACCCAGAAACAUAGCCCUGUGCUGAAACUUUCUUAAUGUGUGUGGCUUGGUAAUUUUGCAUAAAGUAUUUUUCAGUGGGGUGGGGAAGGCUGUAAUCUUCUGUGUGGCUAAAAUCAUUGCAGGUCAAAUUAAGAGUGGAUGGGCACAUACACCUCUAACUUAAAUGGAUAAAUUCAUUGUGAGACAGUAAUGUCCCAGACUUGAUUUCCAAUUCAAAGUGUUAGCUGAUUUUAUGAGACUGAAGGGAGGGUUCUGAACUUGAUUUCAAAGUCCCUGCACAAAUAUCCUGCUGUCCAUUGACAUGCUGCUGGUUCAUAGUCAAGUAAAGACAAUACUGGAGGUUUAGUAUGAUCCAUUUCAUGCUGGGCCAGUCUGCUAACUCAAUAUCUGGUCCUCAAUUGGAAAGUAAUCACCAAGUGAGAUGUGGAUCUGUCACCCAGCAAGGAAUUUUCAGAAGAGAUCAGGAGAAAAUUGAGCUGAAGAAAUUAAGUUACUUUUCGGUAUAUUUAAUUUAUUUUGCCAGGCAAAGUGUGCAUUCUAACUUUCAACUACUUUUACCCAGAAUGUAGUGGGAAAAUGAAAUGUACUAUCAUGUGGAAUACUUAAAAUGAAUAGUCUAUAGAUGCAUUUAUGGGGAAGUGUUGAUAGGCACAUAAGGAAGAGGAAAUAACUUUUGAUAGUGGGCAGAGCUUAUGGAGCAUAACCACCUGUUUAGAUCAGUGAAGGCUAAUGGCUGUUUUUGUGCUGCACAUUUUAAGCUAUUAUUCAACUUUUAAAACUUUAAGCAGUUGUCACAAUUUGCAAAGCAAUAGAAGUGUUUCCUCUGGAUCUGUACCUAAAUCUCAGGAUCGGGGAAUGAAGACGCCUUGAUUUAUUGUUUAUUUUAGCAAUCGAAAAUACAAUUUCAGCUGUAAAUUAUUAUUGGGAUAAAUGAAUGUUUUACUCAUGGGAGAAAAAGCCAGAAAAGAAACUGGGUUCACACCUGGAGGGACUGCACUCGAACAGUUGCUCCUCGGUGAAUCACGUCUUAGUCUAGGUCCUUCUGUACAAGCACUUUAUUUUGAUAAAAUACUGAAUAGCAAUUACAAUUUAUCAUUUGAGAUGAGCAAGUGUUUUAGCACUGGAAUGUUUCAUUUUGCAUGAAUGUUUAUAGCUGGUUUACAAUCUGAUCUAAAGCUGCAGUAAUUUUAAGCAAAGAUUGAUGGAACCUAGACAAUUUCAUCAUUGACCAUCUUAAUAUGAAGUUUUCCAAAUUUAAAAUCUCAACUUUCCACCAAUUGCAUAUAUUGUCCUUGGUAGGAAGUGUGCAAUCCAGUCUAUUCCCUUGGAAACUGGGCUUUGAAAGAGACUUGCAUCAAUAGGAUUGAAGAGAUCUUAUCUUUUCUUUUAUACAGCAUAGAAUCAUCUUAGACUGAAGGAGCUUAUUUAAACCAUCAUCCUUGAGCAAGACCAUCCAAUUAGCCUCACUCGUCUGCUGUUUCUUCGUAGCCAAGCAUGCUUCAUUUUCAAGUACUUAUGCAGACCCUGUUGAAAAUUCCUAUUGAAUCUGUUUUACCCAUUCUUUCAGGUAGCAUGCGUCAGAGCACCAAAACUUGCUGCAUUUAUUUGUAAGAAAUUAUCUGCUCUCCUCUUAUCUUUCAUCAAUUACCUUUAAACCUGAGAUCUCUGGAAGCCCAACUCAAUAAAUAAAUCCUUGAUAAUUUUGAGCACAUGUAUUAAAUAUUCUCUUGUCCAAGUUCCUUCUCAGAACAGCCACAAUUUCUCUAGUUUCUCCACAUAAAUAGUCCUUCUUCUCUGGUACUAUUGUAGUGAAUCUUAUCUGCGCCCUUUAAUGUUUUGUCCUUUCCCUAGCAUAGUGCCCAGAUUUGGUGUCCUGUGUCCCCCAUUAUAAAGCCCAGGACCCCACUGUCAUUUUUGGCAGCCUACUCAACUUGGCAAAUAUUUGUCUAUGUGAAACUCAAAUUCUCUUCCAGAACUCCAUUAUGUAUUGUUCCACUUUGUUUAAUAUCAUUUUUCUUCCUUCCAAAUGUAUCAUUGAAUUUUUCUCUGUAUGAAAUGUCACCUGCCAUCUGUCUUCCCAGUUCAUCCGUCUUUGUCCUCCUGACUUUUACUGCUAUCCUCCUCAUUGUUUAAUCAGGUGUAUAUUCUUUGUCAAUGUUCCCUUUGAUCUUUGACACCUUGCCUUUCCUGUUUAGAAGACUGAUAUUAAAGGUAGUUUAUGAUUCCAUGAAGUCUGAUAGAUCUCAUCUCAUUUGCAUAAAUUGGAGCUCCUGCUCCUGUUAAUCAAAUGUCUUCCCACCGAGGCCAUCACCAAACACUCUAGCUGGCCUAACUUUGCACCCACCAGGAUAGCUGCUAACAUUUUCCUCAUCUGUUAUUCAGUAGCAUCACAUUUAUUUACCAAGUUGGAUUUGUGACCCUGGGUUGGAUUUUUGAAUUGAGUCACAGGGUUUGUGAUUCUAUGGCAGGGCUCUAGAGGGAUUUGAGGAAAUCUCAAAUGUCUGCAAUAAUUUUUCAGUGCUAUGUAACACUGCUAAACUGGUGACUGUUGCUGAAAAAAUGAUGUGUUUUAUAUUGAUUAAAAGCAGUUUGCUGAACUUUGUCUGAAUAUCUAGUAAUAGCUGCAAUGCUUAGCUAUAUGUUUGAUAUGUUAAUGUGUAAAGUCUGGUGUUUUGAAUUGGACUUCUCAGCUAUCUUAAUCCCCAUUGAGUUGCUGAUUGCUCGGUCUCAUGGGUUUUACAGCUUGCAUGUUUCCCCACGGUACUAAUGUCAAAGCUGCUUCACAAUUAUCUUUUAAGAGUUAGGGAGAUUAACAAGUUUUUUUAAAAAAAGAGGAAACUGGAAAUCUGAAACAAGCAAAAAUCACAAUAGUUAUGUACAGAAGUACAUUUUUGCCAUCAUAUCUGUUCUGCUGCCCUAAGGGGAAUCACCUCUUGCCUCUCCCCACAUCCCUGCAUAUUCCCCUCAUUCAAAAGAUAAGAAUAUUUAGGAAAUGUAAAACAAAUGUACGGCA